GGAGAGGCUAACCGGAAGUGGGGAAGCUGAAGCCGAUGCCGAGGCCAGUGCGGAGUUUGGGCAGCCAGUAGCGUUUUGGGAAUAUGGAGCCUCAAAGGCGCGUCCACAGCCCUGUUGGCCAUGGCGGGAGAGAAGGGCCUAGCAAGCCGUACAAGAACGCUUACGCCCGGCUCGUGCAGAAGCACCACAGCGGACGCUUCCGUUCCUACCUCAACCACAUCGCUCAGAAGCUGCAGCUGGAGGAGAACCUCUUGCAGGAUUCGGACUCCGCGGCGGAGCCGUCGCCGAAAAGGGGACUCGCCAGAGAAGCGCCGGUGAAGAACGGGAUGAAGUCAGCCAGGGCUCCGCCUGCGGGAUCCUUGCAAUCCAUCCAACCGGAUCUCAGGAGCUUCGAGGGGCUUCGAAGCAGCAAAGAGGACCCUUCGGUCAACAGGCAGCAGCAGCAAUUCCAUCCAGGAGAUCCCGGUGCCGGGAAGAAUGAGGAGGAAGAAGAAGAGGAAAAAGAGGCAGCCGCAGAAGAGGACGUCCCUUCUAAUCGGCCCGGAGGUCCGUUAGUCUUCUUGAAAACCUGGCCUGUACCGGGCGGGCAGGAGGCCUUGUCCAGACUGGUGGUCUCGCAGCAGAAGGCCUCCAAAUCUGGAGAGAGGAAGAAAGAGGAGCAUGGGAGAAAUCAAGACAGCAGCCCUCCGACUCCUGCGGAUGGAACCGGUGACUGUCUCCCCGCAGGACAACUGAGCGUGGAGCUGCCUUCGGCGAGCGCCGGCUUCUUAUCGCCUCGGCCAAUGUACGACAAGCGAGGCUUCGUCAGGCCCAGAAACAACUCUGAGUCAACUCGGGCCCCCCCAAAUGUGGACAGAAGGCGGCAGCUUUCGGAAUCCCAGGCUGUUACUGUGAGCAGCUUGGAUUGCAAAAUGAACCUCCGUCCUCAAGGAACUGCUAAAGGAGGCUCCUACGCUGCUGCCUUGACUCCAGGCGAGAGGAAGAACCGGAACAAAGGAACUCGCGCCCGGAAGAAAAUAUUUGAAGCCUACAUGUCAAAGAAAGACGUCUCGGAAGGUCUGAAGAGAAAAACGCUGAUCCAGGGACCCCUAAGGAUAAACCCCAAGAAAUACCACGAUGCCUUCAUUCCUUCUCCAGAUGGCACUCAGGAUAUUUUCAUUGACGGAGUCGUCGCUCGCAACAGAGCCCUGAAUGGUGACAUCGUAGUGGUGAAGCUGCUUCCGAAGGAACAAUGGAAGGUAAACAAACCAGAUGCUUGUGAGCAAGAAACGGAGGCCCCUCCAAGCUCAGAGGAUCCUUCGCGUUCGGUCCUUCCCAGCCCGGGUAAAGCGGGUGCCAGCGGCCCAGAUGCCAUGGCGGAGGCUCCAUUGGAUGAGAGAAGCCAACAAGAACAGGCAAGAGAACCAAAGCCAACAAGAGCACACAUGAGAACUGAACGGAAGCUGUCCUUGGAGGCGGGUGAAAAAGGUGAGGAUUUCACACCUGGCACCUGUUUUUAG